UAAAAAUUAAAAUUAAGCCCUGUUACCCCUCUUCCAUCUUUCUCUCUCCUCCGUUUCAUUCUUUGAAUCCUCAAAAAUCCGACUUUCUUCUCUCCAUCACGUCGCUCGACGUAACCGGCGACUACCUACCUGACAUUGUAUUCCAAAAUCCACGAAUCUUAUUUUCCGGAUCUUCCAAUUUCAACUCUUUGAUCACUUGAUCUCAACUGGGUUUACCCCUUUUCUCAUUUUUUUUUCUGGUACAUUGAAUUUAACAAGGAGAAAAACUUAAACUUAGAUUAGAUCAAUCAAACCCAUCUUCGAAUUGGGCCCCACCCGUAAAAAUGGCGGGUGCUGCGGGUGGGUUUGUCACUCGGGCAUUCGAGUCGAUGCUUAAGGAAUGUUCCGCGAAAAAGCUUACUUCACUUCAAUCUGCAAUUCAAUCUUAUCUAGAUGGUGUUAAAGAGGGAAAUCAGCAAACCUAUGUGGAGGAGAAGCCUCAAGCUGCACUAGUAGCGGCAGAAGCCCAGGAGAGUGUACCUAGUUCUGAUGAGGGUGUUGACAACGAAAAGGUGAAGGAUGAUGUAUCUCAAGGACAUACCUCUGAGGGGGCAGAACAAGCUGGGGCUUUGGCACGGAUGAAUAUAUCUAUUGCAACAGCCUUAUGCAAUGCAGGACAGACUUUAAAUGGAGCUGAAGCAGAGCUUGUUCUAAACCCACUUCGACUUGCUUUUGAGACGAAAAAUAUAAAAAUUGUAGAACUGGCAUUGGAUUGUCUUCAUAAACUCAUUGCUUAUGACCAUUUGGAGGGUGAUCCUGGUAUAGACGGUGGAAAAAAUGCUCCCCUGUUUGCUGACAUUCUUAACAUAGUUUGCGGUUGUGUUGAUAAUUCUUCCUUGGACAGUACUGUUUUGCAAGUAUUGAAAGUGCUCCUGACAGCAGUAGCAUCUGCGAAAUUCAGAGUGCAUGGGGAAUCUUUGUUGGGAGUUAUUAGAGUAUGUUACAAUAUUGCUCUGAACAGCAAGAGCCCUGUAAAUCAAGCAACAUCAAAGGCAAUGUUGACGCAAAUGAUCAGCAUCAUAUUUCGUAGAAUGGAGUCUGAUCCGAGUAUCAUUUAUGUCUCAAAGGAGAUUCAAGAUCAUAGUCCAAGUGGUUCUGAUAGGCCUACAUCAGAUAAAUCUACUAGUAGUUCAAAAACAAGCGAAGAAGCCAGCUCUGCAUAUGACCAAAAUGAGAAAGAGAUGACCCUAGGAGAUGCACUUUCUCAUGAUCCGGUGAAAGACGCGUCUAUUGCAUCUUUAGAGGAACUCCAAAAUCUUGCUGGUGGUGCUGAUAUAAAGGGUCUGGAGGCCAUGCUUGACAAGGCAGUGCAUCUUGAAGAUGGAAAUAAGACAAAACAUGGGAUGGAUCUUGAGAGCAUGAGUAUUGGGCAUCGCGACGCCCUCCUGCUAUUCCGCACCCUUUGCAAGAUGGGUAUGAAGGAAGACAAUGAUGAAAUUGCAACAAAGACACGUAUUUUAUCCCUUGAGCUUCUGCAGGGCCUACUGGAAGGUGUCAGCCAUACAUUUACUAAAAAUUUCCAUUUCAUUGACUCAGUGAAAGCAUAUCUUUCCUACACUUUGUUGCGGGCAUGUGUCUCACCAUCCCCUGUAAUCUUCCAGCAUGCAGCUGGAAUAUUUGCCGUGUUAUUGUUACGAUUUAGAGAGAGCCUUAAGGGUGAGAUUGGAAUCUUCUUUCCCUUGAUAGUGUUAAGGUACUUGGAUAAUGCAGAGUGUCCACCUAGUCAGAGGUCUAGUGUACUGAGGAUGCUUGAGAAGGUAUGCAGGGAUCCGCAGAUGCUUGUGGACAUAUUUGUCAAUUAUGACUGUGACCUGGACGCACCAAACCUCUUUGAACGAAUGGUUACAACUUUGUCAAAAAUAGCUCAAGGGACUCAAGCAUCAGAUCCAAAUCCUGUUGCUGCUUCUCAAAAUGUAUCAAUCAAGGGUUCAUCACUUCAGUGCCUUGUAAAUGUGGUUAAAUCAUUGGUUGACUGGGAGAAGUCACUUAAAGUAUCAGAAAAGCAGACUUCUACUGAUGACGAGCUUUCUGGCAUGACCAAACCAGAAAAUAGAGAGGAUGUUUCUAGUGAUUUUGAGAAGGCAAAGGCUCAUAAGUCAACAAUUGAAGCAGCAGUAGCUAUGUUCAAUAGGCAGCCCAGCAAGGGUGUGGAGUAUCUAAUAUCUAAUAAGCUGGUGGAAAAUACACCUGCUUCUGUUGCGGAAUUUUUGAAGAAUACAUCCAAUUUGAACAAGGCUAUGAUUGGUGAUUACAUAGGCCAACAUGAAGAGUUCCCCUUGUCUGUUAUGCAUGCUUAUGUUGAUUCCAUAAAUUUUUCUGGAAUGACUUUUGGUGCUGCUAUAAGAGAGUUUCUUAGUGGGUUUAGACUUCCUGGAGAAGCUCAAAAGAUUGACCGCAUCAUGGAAAAAUUUGCUGAACGCUAUUGUGCAGAUAAUCCAGCUUUAUUCAAGAAUGCAGAUACAGCUUAUGUUCUUGCCUAUGCCGUCAUAAUGCUGAAUACGGAUGCUCAUAAUCCUGUGGUGUCAACUAGAAUGUCAAAGGCUGAUUUUGUGCGUAUGAAUACUAUGACUGAUGCAGAAGAGACCGCACCUCAGGAGCUCUUAGAGGAGAUAUAUGAUUCUAUUGUAAAAGAAGAAAUUAAGAUGAAAGAUGAUCUGUCUAGCAUCGGUAAGAGUAGCAGACAGAAACCAGAAACUGAAGAAAGAGGACGCCUGGUCAGCAUCCUUAAUUUGGCUCUUCCUAGAAGUAGGUCUUCAACAGAAGUAAAAUCGGAGACUGAUGCUAUAGUUAAGCAAACACAAGCCAUAUUCCGAAAUAGGGGUACAGAAAGGGGGGUUUUUUAUACCUCACAGAAGGUUGAGCACAUAAGGCCCAUGGUGGAAGCAGUAGGAUGGCCUUUCCUUGCUGCAUUUUCGGUUGUCAUGGAGGAAGGAGAUAAUAAGUCAAGGGUUCUGGCAUGCAUGGAGGGAUUUAAAUCUGGAAUUCAUAUUACGCAUGUUCUAGGAAUGGAUACAAUGCGAUAUGCCUUUUUAACAUCAUUAGUCAGGUUCACUUUCUUGCAUGCGCCCAAGGAAAUGCGCAGCAAAAAUGUUGAAGCCUUGCGGACUUUAUUAGCUUUAUGUGAAACUGAUACCGACUCUCUUGAAGACACAUGGAAUGCUGUUCUGGAAUGCAUUUCUCGACUAGAGUUUAUUACCUCAAAUCCUGCUAUUGCCGCAACUGUGAUGCUUGGAUCAAAUCAAAUUUCCAGGGAUGGACUUCUUCAAUCUCUUAGAGAGUUGGCAGGGAAACCUACAGAACAAGUAUUUCUGAACAGUGUUAGGUUGCCAAGCAGUGCAGUGGUCGAGUUUUUCACAGCCCUUUGUGGUGUUUCUGCGGAAGAACUGAAACAAACGCCAGCGCGUGUUUUUAGUCUACAGAAACUUGUUGAAAUAAGCUAUUACAACAUGGCCCGCAUACGUAUGGUGUGGGCUAGAAUAUGGUCUGUCCUUGCCAAUCACUUUAUUUCUGCUGGUAGUCAUCAUGAUGAGAAGGUGGCUAUGUAUGCUAUUGAUUCCCUGAGACAGCUCGGCAUGAAGUAUUUAGAACGUGAGGAGCUCACCAAUUUUACAUUCCAGAAUGACAUUUUGAAGCCAUUUGUUGUCCUCAUGCGAAACAGUAGAAGCGAAUCCACAAGAAGGCUUAUUGUUGAUUGCAUUGUUCAGAUGGUUAAAUCAAAGGUGGGAAGCAUAAAGUCAGGCUGGCGAAGUGUUUUUAUGAUUUUUACCGCUGCAGCGGAUGAUGAAUCAGAACCCAUUGUUGAAAGUGCAUUUGAAAAUGUGGAGCAGGUGAUCUUGGAACAUUUUGAUCAAGUAGUUGGGGACUGCUUUAUGGACUGUGUUAACUGUCUUAUUGGGUUUGCCAACAAUAAAAGUUCCCAUCGCAUAAGUCUGAAGGCUAUUGCACUGUUGCGUAUUUGUGAAGACCGACUUGCAGAGGGUCUUGUACCUGGUGGUGCUUUGAAGCCUAUUGAUGUAAACGAAGAUGAAACUUUUGAUGUGACUGAGCAUUACUGGUUCCCGAUGCUGGCCGGUUUAUCAGACCUUACUUCAGACCCAAGAGCUGAGGUCAGAAAUUGUGCCUUAGAAGUUCUGUUUGAUUUGUUGAAUGAAAGGGGUAGCAAGUUCUCUCCAUCGUUUUGGGAAAGUAUCUUUCGUCGAGUUCUUUUUCCUAUCUUUGAUCAUGUAAGACAUGCUGGGAAAGAGACAGCUUCUAAUGAUGAUUGGCUCCAUGAAACCUGCAUUCACUCGCUCCAGUUGCUGUGUAACCUUUUCAACACUUUCUACAAGGAGGUAUGUUUUAUGCUGCCACCAUUGCUCAGUUUAUUAUUGGAUUGCGCCAAGAAGACUGACCAAUCAGUGGUGUCUAUAGCACUUGGUGCACUUGUUCAUCUCAUUGAAGUUGGCGGACAUCAGUUCAGUGAUAAUGAUUGGGAUACCUUGUUAAAAAGCAUAAGAGAUGCUUCAUACACUACACAGCCACUUGAACUGCUGAAUGAUUUGGGUUUUAAACAUUCAAAUACACCCGAGCAACUGGGGACUUCUAAGCCUGAUGUUGGUGAUGGUGUUUCUAUUAAUUCUAUUGGCCAUCAGUCUGUGCAUAUCGGGCAAUCUGAUGGCAAUGAAGGUGACACAAAUGGUGAUAGCUUGCAUUCAGAAGUAUCUGAAGGAUUACCAUCAGCAUCUCAGAAUCCCACUGAUUCUGUGGACUUGCAGAGGAACCAGAGCUUAGGUCAAAGAAUAAUGGGUAAUGUGAUGGAAAAUCGUUUUCUUAGAAGCUUCACCUCCAAGGCAAAAUAUGAAGAAGUUGAUGUCGCCGUGCACCCUCAAACAGAGUUUCCCGUAAUUGAGGAGCUUGAUUCAAAGGACGAAGUGGAAAGCCUGCUGUUAACAACCAUUAGGGGUAAAUGCAUCACUCAGUUAUUGCUUCUCGGUGCAAUAGAUAGUAUUCAGAAAAAGUAUUGGACUAAAUUGAAAUCCCAGCAGAAGGUCACCAUCAUGGAAACUUUGCUAUCCAUUUUGGAUUUUGCUGCUUCGUAUAAUUCAUACCCUAACCUUCGAUUGCGCAUGCGCCACAUUCCUGUGGAAAGGCCUCCAUUAAAUCUUCUACGCCAGGAAUUGGCAAGCACUUGUAUAUACAUGGACAUAUUACAGAAAACCACUUCAGAACUUGAUACUAGCAAAGAUAACGAUCUUGAUGCGAGUGACAUCCAGUAUUCUAAGGUGUCCCAGAUUGAGGGUGACCUCAUCACAAGGGCCUCUUCUACUGGAGACGAGAAGCUUGGUCGAGUAGCAGAAGAAAAACUGGUGUCGUUUUGCGGGCAUAUGCUGAAAGAGGCAUCUGAUUUUCAGUCUGCUGUUGGAGAGACUACUGAUAUGGAAGUUCAUCGGGUGUUGGAGUUGCGUUCUCCUGUAAUUGUGAGGGUAAUUAAAGGCAUGUCUUCAAUGAAUACUCAGAUAUUCAGAAAGCAUCUCCGAGAGUUCUACCCAUUGCUUACCAAGCUUGUGUGCUGUGAUCAGAUGGAUGUUCGUGGGGCACUUGGUGAACUUUUCAAGAGGCAACUUAGCUCGCUAUUAUCACAGUGAGUAAUGCACACUGCUCAAAGUUGCUCGAAUCCUGUCUCCAGUGGAGCGCUUGGGUAUUGUAUUGUUUUAUUUGCUCCAUACGCAACCGUCCCUAUAAACACAGCUACAAUUUUUGGAUAAUGACAUUUUUGCCUUGCACUGUUUGUGCAUUCCCUUGGCCUUCUAGGCAGUAACAGAUCUCGAGUUUCUCGGUCUGCUAAUUGUCAUUUUCCUUUUGCCCUCCAUAGACUUUAAAGAAUUAGAAGCUUGGCUGUUAUGUAUAGUCGUAAUUGUCUAAUGCGGGAGUACUAGUUGCAGGAGGUAGUUUGUUGAAGAGCUAAAUUACAGCGAGUAGUGUAUUAAUAGGGCUUAUUUUUGUUAUAGGAGCCAUGUAGUAUUCUACCUGGUGAAGCAUAGAGGCAUUGUUAUAUGAGCCGUUGCGGGAUUAUAAUCAUUAUAUGAUUCAAUCUGGUUCAUGGCUGAAAA